AUGUCGGUGGCUUCGAUGUCUUCCAUGUCCAUGGACGAAUCUCUAGAAUUUGUACCAUCAAGACCAGUUCCCCAAAAGCCGCCGAAACGAUUGUCGACCACUACACAAAUUGCAGUCAGCAUGGCAGUCUCACCAUUUGACACAGUGCAGGAAGCAGCUUCCCUGAGUAGUUCGGAAAGUGACGAACAAGUCAACUCAGAGCAGUCGCGACCCCGACGCCGUGGUAGCUUCUCAUUCCUUACGCGCUCAAAAUCACACGAUCUUCCAGUUAUCCGCAGCCCAUCAGGACGCAGAAUGCUACGCAGCAAGAAACUCCGCGACCAGGAGGAACGCCGUCUCCAAGAGCAGCAGAUGCCCAUGAUAUCUACAUCCCCACCUACUCUGCCCACCCUGUCUAAUAUUGAGCCAAUGGAAAUCACUCGCCCUGACUCGAUUGCAAUUAUAUCCGGAAAAGGGCACGAAUAUCCUCUCCCAGCAAACUUCUCUCGCCCCGGAGCCAAGCAGACAAGCAUGUCAAACUCAUCUAUGCCAUCCAUGUCAUCGACCGGCAGCCUCACUACCGCCAACACUUACGGUGUUGCGAUGCCUCCAAUGCCCACCUCUCUGCCUCGUACCGAGAGUAUUGUCAGCCGCGGCAGGGAAAGCUACGCCCCCAGCAUCUCGGCCUGUAUGCAAUCUCCUCGCAGGAUGCGUCGCCGAAAGGAGCCAGAGGCUUUCAACAUCCUCAUCACCGGAGCCAAAGGAUCAGGAAAGACCUCGUUUGUCGACUUCCUCAAGACAGCACUGGCGCUACCGGCACACAAGCAGACCCGUGGCCACACACCUCCACCACACUCUCACACCGAGUCUCCCUUUAAGCCAUCCUACAUCGAGACCGAGAUCGAGGGGGAGCGUAUCGGCGUCACCCUUUGGGACUCACAAGGUCUGGAGAAGAGCAUCAUCGAUCUUCAACUUCGCCAUCUGGCUGCCUUUGUCGAAUCCAAAUUCGAGGACACCUUCACACAAGAGUCGAGAGUCGUGCGUACACCUGGAGUCAAGGACACUCACAUUCACUGUGUCUUUUUGCUUCUGGACCCUGCUCGCCUCGAUGCUACCAUGCACUCUACCGAUCCAUCUUCCUCAAGGAACUUGUCAGGCGCCGCUUUGGAUCUUCUUGACGAAUCACUCGAUCUCGAUAUCAUCAGAACACUCGAAAACAAGACAACCGUCAUCCCCAUCAUCGCCAAGGCCGACACUCUCACUGCUGCCCACAUGGCCCACCUCAAGCGCCUGGUCUGGUCUAACAUUAAGCACGCCAAACUCGAUCCACUGGCAGCAUUGAACGUGGACGACGAAGAUGACUCUCCUGAAUCUGAGGCUCUCGACAGUGAGCUUUCAAGUUCCGACUCCGAGCUUCUUCCUAUGAACAGCUCGCCGCCACUCAAGGUGACCGAAGACACCAAUGCUGAGGAAAGCGACACAAUGGGCAGCACCUUCUCGCCAAUUAGAAAGACGUCGAGAUCCAUGUUGGGCCCGGUCUCAUCCAAACGUGCGGACUCGUGCACUCCUGCACCGGAGGAGCUGUUCCUUCCCUUCUCGAUCCUGAGCCCAGACUCACACGCCUCACCUGGUGCCUUGACACGCAUCUUUCCCUGGGGAGAAGCAGAUCCUUGCAAUCCAGCUCAUUGCGACUAUGUUCGUCUGCGCGAAUGCGUGUUUGGAGACUGGCGUUCUGAUGUGCGUGUUGCAUCUCGUGAGAAGUGGUACGAGAACUGGCGAACCAGCCGACUCAAGCGUACUCCUACAUCUCGUGUGCGACAAUCUGGCGGUGUCACCCCUAUCGGUGCUGUUCCAAAAGAAGGCAGGACGGUUUCGCCCACUCUCACUACCAGAGCUCGUGCGGCUAGCACUUCCAAGCAAACCUCCAGAAUGUACGAAGACGUCCCGGAGAGGCCUCGUACAAUGAGCACAAGCAAAGCUGAGCGCGUCUUGGGUAGUCCCAGAGGUAUUGCUUUGUAG